UGUCCCGCCGCCAUGGAGCUGCAGCCCAGCCACAGCCUCGCCAGCCGGGCGGCAACGCUGGCCACCGGCUACCUCUGCUACCGGCGGGGUAGUCCCGGGCGCGGGCUGGUGCUGCGGAGCCUCCGCCAGGCCGGCAGGAAGGACAUUGAUGAUGUUGGGCAUAAGUACUAUCUGGAACUGGUGUUAGAAGAUGUCCUGGACAAAGACAGUACUGUUAACUGCACUGCUGAGGUUCUUUAUCAUCUGGGCAACAAAAGCAUUGCUCCAGAUGUGCAGUUCACACUUGAAGGAGAACUUAAGAACACAGAUGAAGCAGAUAACGUAUUCUACAAUCGAAUCAGGAGCCUGGAAAAAGAGCUCGUGGCAGAAAACAUACCAGACAGCCACGGCAACGUGCCCCCAGAACUGGAGCCCAUCCGCCGGCUAGCGUGGGCCGCCUCUGGCUACGUGAUAUGGCAGAACUCAACCGAAAACACUAAGUUCCAUCUUGCCCAAAUUAAACAUGUGAAGCAAGUGAAAAGAAGUGAUGAAUAUCUUGAAUUUGACUACAUGAUUCUGCUUCACGAAAUGGUGUCCCAGGAGAUCAUUCCCUGGCAAAUGACAGUUCUCUGGCACCCACAGCAUGGUGUUCAAGUAACACAGGACAGCCGUCAGCCAAAACACACAUCGGAGUAACGAACCACCUGAUACCGCAAUGGAAGGUCAAAUGCUACAAUAAGCACUUGAAGGCAGGGCAGAUAAAUUAGUGAGGUUGGAUACACAAUCAGGGUACAGAAAGAAAAGUCCUUCCUCAAUUAAACACUUCCUGUACAUCAUGCUUUGAUCUGACAAUCCAAAAGGCACUUCGUCUGCUACAUAAUCAAAUUCUGCAUCAAAAUAAGUUUUUAAAAACCUCUGUUGCCAGAAGAAAUACUUACGGUACAGGUUUGGAGAUGUUCUCCCUAAAGGCAACUUUAGGCUUUCCCAUGGUGCAAGGGCAACCAUAUUCUCUUUCCAUUCGCUGCAGGAAAAAAGAAAAAAAAAAAAAAAACAAACCAGAAUGAAAUACAGAGUUUUUCCAUUGGAACACUACAUUGGAAAUUAUUUUAUUUAUAGGUCUUUUUGAAAUGAGAAACUCAGAGUUAACUCUUGGAUUGGGACUGGAUUGUUUUUUGGGGUCCUGGUAAGGGGUUUUCUGUUGUUUUUUUAAAUGUUACAAGUGAUUCACUGUCAUUCUGCAGUCAUCCUUGUUUAGGGGCUAUAGCUUUAGAUACAGGAGAAGGGAACAGCAAUGAUUAUUUUAGUCAAGCUUAAGUUUUCCAAAACAAAAGCCAUAUUUUCUUUGUUCUGUCAACAUUUCAGAUACAUCUAUUGUCUUAGACUAAAAUAAAGUGUAAGCAUCAACUUUAAAGAAACAAAUAAAUCACUGUCAGUAACUA